AUGCCUGCUCGAUCUGAGCUUACCCCGGCUCUUAGAGAGAGGAUAUGUGAGCUUCACUCGGCUGUUCACUGGGGUUAUAAGCGCAUUCACAACCGGUACCCAAGGAUUUCUCUCUCUACAACCCGGUAUACAAUUAAAAAAGAGCACGAACGGCGUGCUGGUGUUACGAAACCUCGCUCUGGUCGACUAAAGAAGCUUGAUGCCACCGACAAAGUACGUCUUUUGGAUGCUAUCUCGAAUAAUCCACGUAUUACCCACGAAGACCUUCUUACUGAGGCUGAGCGUACGGGUAUAACUGGUCUUGUUAUUGAAGAGUUAUACCGCCGGAUUCUACCUACUUUGAUGUCCAAUGAAGGUGCUAUUUUUCAACAUGAUAAUGUGCCUACACAUGCUGCAUACGUUGUUCGGGAUGCUUUACGUGAAAUGAAUAUUGAAGUUAUGGAAUGGCCUCCGUACUCGCCGGAUUUGAACCCAAUUGAAAACCUCUGGGCGCUAUUGAAAGCUGAAAUCUAUAAGCUUCGGCCCGAUCUCAUUCAUAUGAGGAACAAUGACGAAACUAAGGCUAUUUCGGUAGCUACAGCGCAGCUUGCAUGGGAUCAAUUAGAUCUAGAUCAUCUAAAGCAUCUCUCUGAGACCAUGCCGAACCGGGUGGAGGCUAUUAUUGAGAGCCAGGGGUGGUAUACGCCGUACUAG